AUGAUUGUAAGAAACAAUAGUGUAUUGGGUCAAAAUAUUAGUAGUGAAAUUGUUAAUAACAAUAUUACUAACACUACGACCACUAAUACUACUACUAACAGUAAUAAUAAUAGUAAUAUUGUUCAUAGUUUAAGUACAGGAGCAUUGGUUGGAUUAAUAAUCGGUAUGAUUAUCAUUACUACAAUAACUAUCGUCAUCAUAUUUUGGUGUAUUCGACUUCGUCAUUUAUAUAUCAGUCAACGUCACACGAAAAUGUAUGAUCCAGAUAUGUUUCAAAAUAGUCAAAUUAAAAAUAAAAAUACCACCACAAAUGGAUCAUUACAUUUCUCCAGUUCAUCACAUCAACAAAUUAGUCCAUUUCCAACUGGAUUAACAUCAUACAGUAGCAGGAAUAGUAGUAGUUACUUGCAAAAAUAUUCAAUGCCUACCGGACAAACAAUAAGUCCGCAUAGUUUACAACGUCAAUUUUUUCAUACAAAUUUACCAUUUGAUAAAGGACAUCAUAAUCCCAGUAUGAAUAAUCAUGCAAUGAAACAAGAAACUGGUAAAAUGAGUUUAUAUUCUGGUGAGAAUACAAGUUAUGCUAAUGUGUCUCAAUGUUCACAAUUACAAUCUCCUAAUUGGACUGAUCAUCAUCAUCAUGAUUUCAAUUCUCCAUCGAUGUUCAGUGGAACGGCAUUCAAUUUUCAAUCUUAUCAUCAACCGACAACAACAAAAACAACAACAUUAUCACCAACAACAACACUAACAACAAAUGAACCACCAUGUCAAGCAUUUUUUGUACAUCCAUUGCAAUCAGCUGUGAAUGAUUAUGGCGAAUUACAAUUGUCAAAUGAUCAUCAUCUCUCAUCACAACAUCAUUCACGAUUGAAAUCGAUUGCAUUGAUUUCACAUUUAAAUGCAUUUGGUUUAAAGAAUAAACAACGUCUUUCACAAUUGACAACAAAAAAAAUUAAUAAAUUGAAAGAAAGCGCUACUCAUCAUAGUAAUCAUAAACGUAAUCAUAAUUAUCAUCAUCAUCAUAAUAAUGAUGGUCAAUUAAAUCCUUUACCAAUUAGUGAAGUUUAUGAAUCAGAAAGUUAUCAUAAUCCAACUAUUCUAUCGGAUAAUUUAAAUUUCAAUACAAUCGAAUCAUCAUUUGAUAAUGAUUAUUUUUUAUAUAGUUUACAAACCGCUGUAUUCAAUGGUUUCAUUUCAUCGAAUUCAUUCAAUCAUCAUCAAUAUGGUGGCUUUUAUGAUGUAGAUGAUAGCCAGUACAAAAUGUCAAAACCUGCAGCAAUAUUCACUACACCGACAAUUCAUGAAGAAUUCAAUCAAUCCUCAUCGAUUGGUGAAGAUUUAAGUUUAGGCAAUAAUCAACAGUUGACAUCACCAUCAAGUCAAUAUUAUGCAUCGAAUAGAAAUUCUAGAAUAUUUUCACCUGAUAAUACUCAUAGUCAUAGUCAUAGUGGUGGUAGUAGUCGAUUUAAAUUCCCUCCACCCGGUCCACCAGUCGCUGGUUGGGCUAAUCAAUUUAUCAUACAGAAAAAUAACAAGGACAAUGCAUUAUCUUGUCGAAACACAACCACAUCAUCAUCAACACCAGUAGUAAAGACAACCUCGACGACGACGACAACCACAACGGUAAUAAUACCGUUGAAUGAAAUGCAACCAUCAUCAUCAUCUCAGUUAGAACAUGAGCAAACCACUCCUACUUGUUACUCACCAUCAUCAACAUCAUCAGUGUCAUUACGUAAUCAGACUACAUUGUUGACUACUUAUUCACCGGAUUCUAUCCUUGUACCAAAUAAUAAUAAUAAUAAUCACAAUAAUAGUAACAACAGAAAAUCUAUAUCAUCUGUACCACCAUCUCCACAACACAUUCCAUUUGAUUUUAUUCAAUCAAAUCAUACAUUCGGUGUAACUAGUUCAAGUAUCAUUCCAAGAAGACGACGACAGCAUAAUCAUAAAUCUAAUGGAAAUGAUCGUUUUGAUGAUGAAUUGCCAAUAGUCGAGAAGAAUAAUAUAAUAAUUCCGACUAAAACUGAUAAAUAUCCAGUAUUUAGUAAAUUUGAUUUUUCUGUAGUUCCAAGUAAUUCACCGACUAUUUUAACAAAUAAUUUAAUAAAAACUGAAAAUAAUCUAUUAAUUUCCAAUGUAAACAAUACUACUAAUAAUAUAACUGCGAAUAGUAGUAUUGAACUAGAGGAGACUGCUCAUCCACACUCCCUGAAUAAUUCAUUCACUUAUUCCGAUACACAACAUAACGAUAGUGGUUAUCAUGAUUCAUUGAUCAAUUCGGAUCGAACAAUAACACCAACCACAACAACAAGAACAGCAUCAGCAUCACCAUCGACAUUCACAUCAACAGAUCACCAUUCAAUGGAUUUAUUACAAUCUUCGUCAUCAGCAUUAAAUCAUACGGUGGACAAUAUGAAUAGUAGAACUAACAACACUACAACUACAACACCAACAACACUAAUAACCAAUACAAUCUUUUCUAAUACAGUGAAUCAAAUCAAUCAUGAUUGCAUGGCAGAUAAUAAUAAUAAUAAUGUGAAUCAUACAACUAAUCCAUAUGUUUAUUGUAAAUUAGAACUUCCAUUGUGUUCGUCUUCUCCGCCUCCGCCUCCGCCUCCUCCUACUAUUUCACAAUCGAUACCUGUAUGUUUAUGUGCAACGCUAACAACAACAUCAUUGUCAUCAGCGCCAUCAUCAUCAUCAUCAGCCUCAUCAUCAGUAUCUAUAACAUCAUCAAUUCAUUCACCAAGUACUGGACCAAGUUCAGCGAAUAGUACAACUGUGAUGUUACAUGAAAAUUUGAAUCACAAUCGAAAAUUAUCCACAUCAAAUACAAAUAGUUUCAAUAGUACUACUAAUCGUAAUCAAACCAUAUUUCGUUCACCAAGUGAUCCAGAUGUAUUUUUCUCAUUUUCUGAUGAACCAAUCGAUAAGUCAACAUUGACACAACCACUUUCUUCAUCAUCUCAACUAUCCAAUGAUCAACAUCAGCAUCAACCGCAUCAGCAUUCUGGCCUACCAUUAUCACGUAAACAUUUUGCACCAAAUGGUAUGAUGAAAUUAAUGAUGAUGAGUACAUUAUCGGAUUCAUUUAAAUAUCAUUUAACUAAACAAAAAUCUGAAAAUCAAUUACUUACAGAUCGUCAUGAUUCUUCAUUUGAUGAAAUUUCAUGGGAUUUACAACCAACACCUUUAUAUUAAUAAAUAACAAUAAUAAUAAUAAUAACCUAUCUCACCAUUAUGUUACAUUUGUUUUAUUCUAUUGGUUCAUUGUUCAGUGCUCAAUGUUCAAUGUUUGUUUUUGGCGAUUGAAUACACACAUUGAAAUUUGUUUAACAUAUGAAAUGAUUAUUUCUUGGAGGAACUACAUGUUACAAAUGUACUACUACUAUGAAAAUUAUGAUUUUUUUAUAUCUGUGUCCACCGGAUGAAUAAUGAUUUAUGUGGACAUUGUGAUGGAAAACCAAAAAAUUUCAAAUUGUUUCCACUGUGAUAUACAUAUAUACAUAUAUAUAGAGAGAUAUAGAUAGAUAGAUAAUUUUCCUCUCUACAUACUUUUCUUUCAAUGUGCUUGCGUUUUAUAUACAUAUAAUAUAUGUCAUUGUCAUACUUUUACUCGAAACGUCGUAUUUCAUAUCGACUUCAUGCCAACAAGCAUGCAAAUAUGUCAGUAAUUGGAUUUUUUUUUUGUAUCCGAAAUAAUUCCUCACUAUGGUGUAUGUAUAGUGUGACUUUUAUUUUUCCAUAAAAAAAAAUUUUUUUUAUUUUUCCUCUCUUCCAAUCUAAGUUCACCGGUAACUUGUAUCAUUCAUUACUUCAUUCAUCUAACUACCACCAUGACAUGAAAUUUACACACACACACACACAUAAACACACGUAGAAUUACUUCUUCUGUCUGUCUGUAUGUCUGUCUGUCCAUCUAUCAACAAAUAUUCCAUGCAUUAUGUUUAUUUUGUAAGAUAAUAAUAAUAUUUUUACUUUUGUUUAUUUCGAGUUCCACUUCAUGAGUUUCUUUUUUUUUUAAACAAAAAAUUAUUGUCUAAACAACUGACUGUUGUUGGCGGCAAAACUGCAUCACUUUUAUCAUUGUGCGUUUAUUAGAGUGUGUGUGUGUGCGUACGUGCGUGCGUGCGCGUUUGUGUCAUUUAGCCACCCCCCUCCUUCACAACAACAAACAAACAUACUAACUCAAUGUUUAUAAAAUGAAUUAUUUUCUAUAUUUCAUCAGACAUAAUAAACAACAAUUGUUUGAAGGGUUCCCCUGUUUGUGGUACACUGUUGUUGUUCGUGUUGUCGUUGGUGUCGGUGUUGGACGUGCUCGACUGAUCUUAUAGAAGUGAAGCAGUCAUCGUCUCUUAUAACAUCAUCAACAUCAUCAACCUGGCUAAUAACAGCUUGAUUAUUUUUUUAAUAGCUAACUUUCUUGUUCACUUUAAAAUCUUGAAAAUACGCAAUAAAAUUCAGUUGUUUGUUUGUUUUUUUUCUUAAGAAAAAAUAAAAGAUUCAAAAAUCAUUUUAAUAUUUUCUGUUUUUGGUUCUGCAUUUUUUUUAAAAUCUCUUUUUAUUUGAAAAAAAACAACAACUUAUUUUUUGGUUUUUUUUAAUUGCUCUUGUUCUUCUCUUCAUUGUUCCUCAUCUUGAUAAUGUUUGUUCGUCAGUUAUUUUUUUUUUUUUGUGUUGAACUGCUGUAUAAUGUUUUUUUUCAAAAAAAAUGUAUUUUCUGUUUAAUUAUUAUCAUUAUUAUUAUUAUUAUUCUCAUCUUCAUAUUUUCUUUGUUUGGUUUUUUGUUUUUAAAAACAAAUAUCACUUGUUUUUUUCUAAAUGACUAUGAAUAAAUCAAAUAAUGU